AUGGAUAUCUCAUUUAAUAUUCUGAUCUUCAGGCGGAUCAAAGCAUACUUGAAGUCUUCGUCUUUGGGCAAAGCUGCUUUGAUGGUACAUUGUUUCAUGCAAUUGUUCCACAUUGUAGUGCUGAAUGCUGAUCCUACCUCUUAUACUCUCUCCAGCUCUGUUCAAGAAAUUAGUUACACAGAUGAACUUCUUUAUCUGAAAGCACAGUUUGCACCCAACAUAAAUGGCCUCAUCACUUUGGAUAACUUCAGAUCAGUAUAUGCACCUUCCUUCUCUCAUUCUCUAUGGUAG